AUGUCGGAACUUGGAAAUUUCGAUGGGAUGUUCGACCUCUCAGGCAAGGUCGCACUCGUCACGGGAGGUGAGUUCCCACCCCCGCAAUCUCACUGCGUUUGGGUACUGAACACAACAGGAUCACGAGGUCUGGGUCUUCAUACCGCGACGGCUUUCCUACGCGCUGGCGCAAAGAAAGUCACCAUCAGCGCGCGAAAAGCUGGAGGAGCAGAGGGUAUCGACCAAGCGAUUGAGAGGCUCAAUAAGCUCUCCGGCAUCAAGGGCCGCGCGGUGGGAGUUCCAGCAAACGUGUCCAAUCAAGCGGAAAUCCAGCGACUUGUGCAGUACGUAGAAAAGACGGAAGGGAAGCUCGAUAUCCUCGUCGCAAAUGCUGGAGCUACUUGGGGUUCCAAGUUUGAAGAUGCGCCGGAUCAUUCGAGUGCGAAGAUCUUGGAUUUGAAUGUUCGGGGGGUGUUUUUGUUGGCGCAGAAGUGAGUGGUCCUUGUUUUGUGUAGUACAGUACAGUUACAACUGCGGAAAGGACAGUGCUGAGCGAUAUCUAUACCAGAUUUGCGCCAUUACUCGAGGCCUCAGGGACGCGACAAGAUCCCUCUAGAAUCAUCAUCGUGAGUUCAACAGCCGGGAAGAACGUUCCUCACGUUGGAGAGAAUGGAACAAUCAUGUAUUCCGUCUCCAAAGCUGCAGCACGCGUGAGUCUCCCUUGCUCUCUCAAAACUCAUUAUUAACCACAAUCAUCAUCUUGGAAAGAAUCUAGCUGUAGAAUUGGGCCCGAGAAAUAUCACCACGAAUGUCAUCGCUCCUGGAUUCUUUCCUAGUAAAUUGGCUUCUGGUUUGAUUGAUAGGUUGGGAGGGACGGCUGAGUUGGAAGAGGCAAACCCACGUAAACGCCUGGGAGAACCGGAGGAUAUUGCAGGUGUUAUGAUCUUUUUAUGUUCGCCGGCUGGGAGCUAUAUGUGUGUUAUGAAGUCCCCCUUUCAUUUGACUAUUGUUUGCUAACUAUGAAUAGAAAUGGUGUUGAUAUUUGUGUAGAUGGUGGGAUGGUUCUUUCUACAGGUAGACAUUCAAAGUUAUGA